AUGGUUGAUGCUGAGGUUCCUGAUGUUGCUCCACAUGCAGACAUGGUUGAGCCCGAGGUGGAGGAUGAUGAUGACGAGGAUGAUGAGACUGACUUGCAGGAUAUAGCUGAGCUUGAGGGUGGGUUUUCAUUGCGUGAUGUCAUGAAGGGCAUAUGCGCCACGCUGAAGAAGAUAGGAAAAAUGGCGCUGAAACAUAAAAAUUGGAGGAAGAGUCACAUCCAGAAAGGGAAUGAAAGAAAACCCUACAAACCCCGUUUUUCUUUACCUAAAUCAAUACCAUGCAAGCACUACAAUGGUGUUUUAAGCUCUUCCUCACUUGACAAGAGGUUACUAUCAGCACCAAGCAAUGCCUCAGAACUUGAGAUGAACUUUGAAAAGUUAUCAGAUCAUCGUGAGUUGGUGUUACCUAGCCAGUUUUAUCCACAUGUUAGUGGCAUUAUAGAUGAUGGAUAUUUCAAAGGUUUGGAAUCAAGAGUUAAGGGGUGUGGCUACUUUAGCCUUAAGAUGAUUCAUGAUGCUACAAAUGGAUUGGCUAAAGAAAAUGUUAUUGGAAGUGGGGAUAAUGGGACUGUUUAUCUUGGUUUGUUGCCAAAUCAUAGGCGUGUGGCAGUUAAGAAGUUAGUGUGUGUAAGUCCCCAACCUGAGGAAUUUUUUGCAUCACGAAUUGAGGCAAUUGGACGUGUAAAGCACAAGAAGCUGGUGAAAUUGCUUGGAUAUUGUACUGAGGGAGCUUACAGGAUGUCAGUAUCUGAAUAUAUAGAAAAUGGAAAUCUACAUCAUUGGCUUCAUGAAUUUCCUGGACAAAUCAGCCCUCUAACUUGGACUAGAAGAUUAAACAUUAUCCAUGGUGUGGCAAAAGGAUUGGUUUACCUUCAUGAAGAAGUUGAACCCAAGAUUCUCCAUGGCAGAAUAAAAUCCAGCAAUAUAUUGCUGGACCACCAAUGGAAUCCAAAGAUCUCUGAUUUUGGCCUUGCAAAGCUCCUCAAUCCUGAAUGGAGUCACAUUAUAAUGGAAGCAUUGGGUUAUGUAGCUCCACAAUGUCAUUCCACUAGUACCUUCACUGAGGGUGAUGACAUUUACGAUUUUGGAUUACUUAUCAUGGAGAUUUUAUCAGGGAGGACUCCUUUAGAUCAUAGUGAACCCCAGGAUUCUAUAGUAGACUGGUUCAAAUCAAUGAUUUCCAAUGGAAAGAUUGCUAAUGUGUUGGAUCCAAAAUUGCUUGCAAGGCCUUCUUCCAAGGAACUUAAACGAGUUAUUUUGGUUGCUCUAAGAUGUGUUGAUCCUGAUGUGAAUCCUAGAAUCAAAAUGGGAGAUGUUGCUCGCAUGCUUGAGACCAACCUACUUCUUUUUGAAGAACAUCAAAUUGCAACGGAGUCUUGUGAGCACAAUCACUCUCCACAAAGUCAGCAAGAUUAG